AUGCUAGUGGAGUGGGUGAGCUUCCUGAAAACAGUCGACCCGGAUAUUCUGACGGGGUAUAAUAUCUGCAAUUUUGACCUUCCCUACUUGCUGAACCGGGGAUCGGUGCUUCGGGUGGAUAAGCGGUUUCACUUCUGGGGGCGCCAAAUUCACGAGUGCACGGUCGCUCGCGAUAAGAAAUUUAUGUCCAAGCAGAUGGGGAAUCGCCGGUAUACCGAGAUCACCAUGGAGGGACGGAUUAUCAUGGACGCGAUGGUGGUGAUUCAGCGCGACCACAAGCUCCGCUCGUACUCCCUCAACGCCGUCUCGCAGCACUUUCUCGGUGAGCAAAAGGAGGAUGUCCAUCACUCCAUCAUCUCGGAUCUUCAUGACGGGAACGACGAAACCCGCCGUCGUUUGGCGAUUUACUGUUUGAAAGACGCUUAUCUUCCAGUCAAGUUGCUGGAUCGUUUGAUGUGCAUUGUGAAUAACGUAGAGAUGGCAAGAGCAACCGGGGUGCCGAUCGGGUGGCUGCUGGAGCGAGGUCAACAGAUAAAAAUUUUCUCCAUGCUGCUUCGGAAGGCGGGAAAACGAAAUUUGGUGAUCCCCUCUAUGGACUACGACAACGGAAACGAUCGCGGCUAUGAAGGGGCGACGGUAAUUGAACCCGUUAAAGGGUUUUAUAACUGCCCGGUCGCCACCCUCGACUUCGCCUCGCUGUAUCCGUCUAUUAUGAUCGCGCACAACCUAUGCUAUUCGACGUUAGUUCCCAAACAGGAUGUCGCGGCGUACCCGCCAGAGAUGCUGGAGCGCUCGCCAAGCGGCGACGUGUUUGUGAAAAAAGAGCUCUUCCCGGGGGUGCUUCCGGAGAUUCUUCAGGAUUUGCUCGCCGCGCGUAAACGCGCUCGCGCGAUGAUGAAGGAUUGGCCGAUGAAUUCCCUCGAACAUAAAGUGCUAAACGGUCGCCAGCUCGCGCUCAAGGUGAGCGCGAACUCCGUUUACGGGUUUACCGGCGCACAGUUCGGCAAGCUUCCGUGUUUGGAGAUCAGCUCAACGACGACCGCGUAUGGUCGUCAAAUGAUUGACCAAACGAAGAACCUCGUCGAGGAAUUAUACCCCGGGACGAAGGUGCUUUACGGGGAUACCGAUUCCGUGAUGAUUAAAUGCCUCACCGACGAAAGCGCGCCGGACAAAGCGCGCUUGCAGGAUGCGAUGAAUUUUGGCAAGGAGGCCGCCCACCGCGUCUCCCAACACUUCCUGGAGCCGAUUAAGUUGGAGUUCGAGAAGGUGUACUUUCCCUAUCUUUUGAUGAACAAAAAGCGCUAUGCCGGGUUGCUGUGGACGAAUACGGAGACCUACGAUAAGUUGGACGCGAAGGGCAUCGAGACGGUCCGGCGGGAUAACUGCCCGUUGGUGGCCCGCGUAAUUAGUGGGGUGCUCAACCGCAUCCUUAUCCACCGCUCCGUGGAGAGCGCGGUGGAGUUUGUGAAAGGGACGAUUAGCGAUCUCCUGCUCAAUCGUCUGGAUAUCUCCAAUCUCGUCAUCACAAAGGCGUUUUCGAAGUGGGAGGAUGAAUAUGUCGGGGCCCAGGCCCAUAUUAAGCUCGUGGAGCGAAUGAGGCAGCGGGAUCCGGCCUCGGCGCCGACUAUCGGCGAUCGCGUGGCCUACGUCAUCAUCAAAGCGGAAAAAGGCGCGAAGGCCUACGAACGCAGUGAGGAUCCGAUUUAUGUCUUGGAGAAUAAUAUCCCGAUUGAUACCCAGCACUACCUCGAGCACCAACUCGCGCAACCCCUCCAGCGCGUUUUUGAGGCCGUUCUGGAGGAUCCUCGGAUUUUAAUUAAUGGCGACCACACCCGGCAUAUCGCGAUCGCGGCACCGAGCAAAAACGCAAGUGGGUUGAUGAAAUUUGUCAAACUUCACGCCCAGUGCGUCUCCUGUCGGGCCAUUUUACGAGAGGAAAACAACGGCGCGGAAAGCGCGCUCUGCCCGAAGUGCACCGAUCGCUCGCCGGAAAUUUAUGGCCGGAUUAUGGCCAAGCGAAACCACUACGAGGCGAUUUACUCCCAGGUCUGGACGCAAUGCCAACAAUGCCAGGGCUCGUUAAAUCAGGAGGUGAUCUGCACAAGCAGGGAUUGUCCUGUGUUUUACGCCCGUAAAAAGGUUCAGAAAGAUCUGUGCGAACAGCAAACUUUGCUUGACCGCUUUGGGGUAGUCGAUGAUUGGUGA